AAGACAGAAGAAGUGAUGAAGUCAAUCAAACUCAGACGGAGAUAGUGUUUUUUGCUCUCUAUAUAAAAAUCUAUGUAACGAAUAACGUAUCAUUGUAAAUAUCAAUCAUCACGUGGUUUGCUUGUGACAAAUUUACCUAAAUUUUCAUGUUUCUCGUUAUCGACAAAUUGAAUUAAAAAGGCAGAACUGCAUUAAAAUUGAGUAGAUUAUCCUCACCUUGUCAAGGUUAGAAUUCCUUUCUAAUCACCACGGGAGCUGAACAGUCACUCAUGUCCAUCUCUCAGAUGGAAAAGAAUUUAUUCAAUUUGAAAUUUGCGGUGAAGGAGUUAGAGAGAAACUCAAAAAAAUGCGAGAAAGAGGAAAAAAUAGAGAAGUCAAAGGUCAAGAAAGCGAUACAAAAAGGUAACAUGGAAGGCGCUCGCAUUCAUGCAGAGAAUGCGAUUCGACAGAAGAAUCAGGCCUUAAAUUAUCUCAGAAUGAGUGCCAGAGUAGAUGCAGUGGCUAGCAGGGUACAGACUGCAUUGACAACUCGUAAAGUCACUCAUUCCAUGGCUGGUGUUGUGAAAGCCAUGGAUGCUGCUAUGAAAUCGAUGAAUCUGGAGAAGAUCUCUGGACUUAUGGACAGAUUUGAGAGUCAAUUUGAGGAUCUGGAUGUGCAAAGCUCGUAUAUGGAGAAUGCUAUGUCACAAACUACAACUACCAAUGUACCUCAGAACGAUGUAGAUGCUCUAAUGCAGCAAGUUGCAGAUGAAGCUGGAUUGGAAUUGAACAUGGAACUUCCAUCGGGUCAGCUGGGCAGUAUUGGUACUUCGACAGCGGUGAGCCAGGAACAGGAUGAAUUAACACAAAGAUUGGCACGACUUAGAGAAUAAUGACAUGUUGCUUUAAUGUAUAUUGUAAUUUUUUUAAAUCCAAAAUAUUCUUUAAAAUCUAUCCUUUUUUAUAAAUGUAGUUUUUUUUUUCAAAAUUCUUUUACUUUGCUUGUAAUUAAGAAAUUAUUUAAAACUCUAUUUUAUAAAAUAUGUAAUAUAUUUCUAAUAUUAUUAUUAUACAUAUUAAGCAUUACAAUAUGAUAAUGCAUAUAAUUUUCCUCAACGCUAAAUAACAGUCCGAUAAGUCAAUAAGGAUAGUGAAAUAACAUUUAGGUUUAAAGGAGCUUGAUAAUUUGUACGUGGUGUACAUUAGUAAAUAUAAGAAAAGCUUUACUAAAUAUAAGAAUAUCAUAGGCUAUAUUGAUCUACAGAGUGAUCGAAUUUGAAGACAAUUGGUUUCUUACUAUUUAUUUAGCAUUUUAAGAUUUUCGAUUUUACAAAUUGCUUUCCAUAAAAAUUGACUUAAACUUGUAAAUGUGUUUAAUAUGAUUGUUCAAUCUACUUCUCCUGAAAAGUGAAAAGAAUUGAAAUUGAGAUUAAUUUCAAUAAUAAAAUUGCUGAAUUUUUUAUUAAUAUAAUUUGUAUAACAUAAUCGUAAGUGCAAUCUCGCAAAAUGUUUUUCAUAAAAUUGGUUGUACACCAUAAAAAAUAAAAAAUAAAAAUUUGUUAUUAACUUUUAAAGAUUAUUCUAAAAUUAAGAUAAAACUUCAUGAAUAAUUUUUGAAUGGCAAAAUUAAAUUCAAUUAAAUAAAAACUGCAAAAUAUGAUCAAAGACAAAGAGAGCAAUUUGGUAUCAUAUAUUUUUUACUUUCUGUAUUAGAAGUGUCAUUGAAAAUGACAAUAAAAUGCUUCAAUGUAUUUUUGUAAAUAAGUAUUCAUAUUAAUAUCUGUUAUUUUAAAAAUGUAAUAUUUCAUUUUUAAAAAAUUAAUAUAUCACAAUCUUUGUAGAAAAGUUUGUAACACAGCUAAGAGAUCAUUGCAUAUACAAAUAUACACAAUAGUAUAUAAACAAUA